AUGGUUAUACCUUCAACGUGUGGGUCGCCUGCUUCUUGCUCCUCUCUUCAACUCAGCGCCAUCGGCUACCUCCCGGGGUUCUUGCACCACCCGACACCACCACCGCCUCCCCCUCGGCUACCGGAGUCCAAGCAGAUUUGUAAAGAAAAAAAGAAAACACAACCACACACGCAGCGCACACGGGCUCGCCUCCUCUCCCUCGCCCAUGAAGUCAUCGCCGCGGCCGCCGCCCAUGCCGGCUGCUUCCGGCGACCUCCGGCGCAGAGCGGCACGCUCCAAGCUGCCCACGUUGGGGCACGCCAUGGGAGUUCCCCAUCCACCACGGUCGUCGCCGUCAAGGGAUUCUUCAAGGAGAUGUCAAGGACGCCAUGGACAUGCAGCUCCUCAAGCGGGGGAUCACAGAUUCACAGAUGUAAGGAUCGGGAGAAUUGGGCCUCACAUUAUUUUUUCCAGAAUUGGGUGUUGGUGCUCUCUAAACUGAAUUGAGUGAGCUAAAUCUGUGCAUCAAAAUUGUAGUCUGUAGCUUUAUGUGUUACGUCUUAAGAUUGAACUUGAAGAUUGCCUUUGGGAGUAGUUUUAGUUGGUAGAUGUUUCAGGCUCCAAAUACGCACACAUUAUGUGCUUAAUGUGUGGCAUAAACAUGAUCAGUUUUAUGCUUAGAAACCAAAUCACUGUCCACCCAUUUUAUUUCUUCAUGAGUAUUUUGUGUUGAAAUCAGAUCACCGUUCACCUGUUCUCGUACUAUUGUCUUUAACUUAUUUUGCUGAUUCUUAAUAAAAUGCUCAGUUCAGGAUGUGA